AUGUGGAUAUACACUGCCAUAGUGAGGUCAAUGUUAGCCUAUGGGGCUGCCGUCUGGUGGCCGAAAUUCCAGCAAACGACAGCUAGACAAAAGUUCAGCCAAGUACAAAGGACUGCCUGUCUGAGCAUAACUAUGCGUACAACAUCCACCAUAGUAAUGGAGAAUGAGGUCGUCAGGAAGACGCCCCUCCUGCAGGCAGACACUGACAGUAUUUCUCCCCGGUUUGCAUUUGACAAACCCUACACCGUACUCACAAAGAGACAGGAGGAGACCGCCCGUAGAGAUGUAAUUAGCGUCUUCACAGACGGAUCAAAGAGGAAGGAGGGUGCAGGAUGUGGAAUAUACUCUAGAUCCUUGCACAUCCGAUAUAAGUGGGCAAUGGAUAGGCAUGCUACCGUUGUACAAACGGAGUUAGCAGGCAUAACUAUAGCCGCUAAAGAAAUCGCCCGCAGGCAUACUACGGGUAAAACCAUCAGAAUCUACGCAGAUAGUAGACAAGCACUACUGACCUUGCGUAAUCACAAGAUAAUGACUAGGACGGUAUGGGAAUGCCAUCAAGCACUGGUUGUGGCCUCGGCCUCCAACAGCAUAUCUGUAUGCUGGAUCAAGGGACACGAGCGGUGCAAUGGCAAUAAGAAAGCUGACAAGUUAGCCAAGAGUGCAUCGAGUCUCAAUAUUUUUGGAUCCGGUAGCUUUGCUACCCUCCCUACAACUCCAGAACGCCAGAAAUCCAGAGGCUCAUUUUCAUCUUGA